AAGAGAGAAGACAAGAAUCCCAAGUCUUUAAAUUCCACAACUACACCAGACCGAUCGGCCGCGUCGUCGAAAGUGCGAUCCUCCGCCCCGAAAAGCGGGAGAAAAAUCCUCGGAAAUUCGUGUUGUGAGCGGAGAGUAUCGGAGGCCAGUGCGACGUUGCCAAGCGUAGCCGUCCCGCGGCGUUGCCACGUCAUGGAGCGAUCAGCUGAGCCACUGCAGAGCCGCAGCGCCAACGCGCGGCGCCGCGACGCGUCCGGCGGCGGCGCGGCGCUCAAGAAGAAGAAGAAGCGGCGGAGGAGGCGGCGCCGCACGCCCAAGGAGGAGGAGGGCCGCGUCGCGCUCGUGUCGCCAACGGCGGGCUGCGGCGAGCCCUUCACGCCCGCCCGCGGCCCGCCCACGCCCGUGCUGCGGCCCGUGGGCGCCCAGGUGCCCCGCGCGCCCGAGAACAGCACCCAGUUCAUCAUGGACGACCACGAGAACUCGGCGCUGUUCCUCAACUUCGACAAGAGCACGCCCGGCUGGGAGCACGACCCGCCCGCCAGCGGAGGCGAGGACGACCUGGGCAGCGCCACGCCCACGCACGCCCACACGCGCGACUGGUACCCGUUCAACCUGGCGGACUUCGAGAGCGCGUACCGCAGCGCGCGCGAGGACCGCCUGAUGGGCGGCAGCCGCACCGACCUGUGCGCGGCCAUCGUGGCCCUGGAGGCGCGCGCCGCCGUGCUGACGGAGGCACUGUCGGCGUCGCCCUCGCGCCUCGUGGCCACGCUGCAGGCGCAGCUGCUGACGCUGCAGGAGGAGAACGCGGCGCUGCGCCAGCGCCUGGCGCGCAGGAGGAAGCAGGUCGUGCCGCGCGAGUCGUCCUCGUCGUCCACCGACAGCGACUCGGAGUCCGACUCGACCAACUCCUCGAGCGACUGCUCCGAGUCCGACUGCGACACCUGCGCCGCCCGCAGGAGCCGCUCCGAGCGCGAGGAGGAGAAGGAGAACACGCGGCCCGCAGUCAUCUCGCCGCCCACCACGCCCUAACGCCCACGCCCACGCGCCGCGCCCAGAAGGCCGCCCACCAUGCCCCUCAAGACAGCUGCCGCCGCCCGCCGCCCACUCGCUGCCCGCCGCCCUGCUAAAAAGCCCAGCGGUCAAGGACGUGGCUUGUGCCCGUGUGCGUGCGUGUGUGCGUCCGUCGCCCGCAGGGGACCUUCCCCUCACAACACACACGCCAGUACAGGAAUACCCCGUCACACACACGCGCGUGCACGUUCCCUCCGCGCCCAGGCACGCCCAUGGACGAGCGUGUACCCAGUGACCCGACCGCAACCGCCCACCGCCAGGCGCCCGCCCGCAGGUGCUGGGAUGGGCGCACUUGACGAUGGGCGUGACAUACAAGCCACACAUAAAUACAUACAUUAAAGAACAUUCAAAGUGGAUUAAAAAAAAAAAAAGAAAAGAAAAAGAAAGAAAAAUAACAGAAAAUCGCGUUCUCCGUCAGUCAAGCGAAACGUGAAAAUCUAAGGGAAAGAAAACCCACAGAGGUGUUUUUUACGGGUUUAAAUGGACAGGAACGUAAACAUCUGUGUGGUUUAUAACAACGAGAGAUGGAUUUUUUUUUCUAAUUCUAAAGUUAGUGAACUAGUGUUGAAACAGACGUCACGAAAAUAUAUCAAUCUAUAUAUUUUUCUUUUCUUUUUGUUCGAAGAGAGUAGUAAUGUAUGUGUGCGUGUGUGUGUGUGUCCGUGUGCGUUCAUGUGUGUAUAUAUUAUACACACUUAAAGAAUUUACGCCAGUGUAAGUCACUUAUAAGGAAGAAGUAAAUAAAACCAGGAAAAUAACCGUUUACGAUGCAAAUAAGAUGUUUUCGUUUUAUAUAUAUAUUUUUUGUCUUUGUACCAGAUCCAAGUUCAGACAAACAAAAGCAAAAAAAAAAACAAUAAU